AUGCAUGGUAAGCAUGGUGUUGAGAUUAGUUACUACAAAGCGCGAAUGGCUCGCCGAUAUGCGUUAGCAUCAAUGAGAAGAAGUGCAGUGGAGUCGUAUUCAUCCAUUCAUUUUCUGUGCAAUGUUUUCAAGGAAAAAAAUCCAGGAUCUGUGACUUCUUAUGAGCUUGACAAUGAUGGGCGGUUCAAGCUUAAGGAGGCCAUCGAAACUCGUGAAGAACUUGUUAUUCUUUCUAACCGAAAGAGUAGUAUCCCUAAAGCAGUUGAGAAGGCAUACCGUAAGGAAGACUUUGGUUACUUCAUGCGUCAAUUGGAGGCAGUGCGACCAGCUAUUCAAAAUUAUUUGCUGCAAGUAGGGGUUGAAAAGUGGGCACGUGCUCACUUUGAGAGGAAGAGAUAUGAUGUCAUGACGACUAAUAUCUCCGAGUCGUUGAAUAAUGUCUUAGUGAAUGCUAGGGAGUAUCCUAUUGAAGUUUUAAUUGAGCAUUUCAGAUCCCUCUUGCAAAUAUGGUUUUAUGAGCGUCGAAAUAAGGCGGAUCAGACUUUUACAUACUUGACUAAACAUGCAACUAAAUGCCUUCGUGAUAGGAAAAAGAUUGCAUGUUGCUUAUCGGUUCAACCCAUAUAUAUCAAUAAGUAUUAUGUUGUUGAUGGUUUAGUUGGUGAGGUGGUUGACUUGGUGGCAAGAACAUGUAGUUGUCUUGUUUGGCAAGCUGAUGAAUUUCCAUGUCCACACGCUAUUGCAUCGAUUUGGAAAAGAAAUCUUGAUCCAGCACAUUUUACUUCCUACUAUUACACCAACAAUGCAUUCAAAGCAACAUAUGAUGCUGGCAGUGAGGUGGAGGUUGUUCUUCCUCCUGAGUUUAAACGUGGUGUUGAGAGGCCAAGGAAGCAAAGAAUUAUUUCUAGUGGAGAACGAGAGAAGCAAUCUAUGAAGUGUAGUCGAUGCAAGAAAGUUGUCCACAAUAGGAGGACUUGUUCAAACCCCACAUUUGUUGAUAUGAACUGA